AUCAAAAACGCAUGUCAGAAACGAAAGAAACGCUGCCAGUCUUCCCGAGUGCCUGAGAGAGGCUGGACAAUUUUGUUCAUCCUAGAUAUUUAAAUAUAUCAUAUUUUUAUUUACCACUUUUUUGCGGUCCCUCGUAAACCCGGUGACACUCCCAAUCAGAUCUGCAACUCAAUUCGAUAUGAAGACUUAUUUUGUGCCACUCUUACUUUUGGGUAUUGCUAAUGCCAAAGUUUUACCCGAUUACCUGAAACCGUUUGUCUGCCACAAAUCCGAUCCGGAAUAUGAAAAAUGUGUGCUGAAUGGUUUUGAAAAUGCUCGUCCUUAUUUCCUGAAGGGAAUUCCCGAAAUGAGUUUCCCUCCAUUAGACCCAUUUGAGCUCCCGCUUAUGACCGUCAACAGGACUUUGAACGACUUGAUCGCCAUUCAAGCAGUUUGCAGGAAUAUCAGAGUGUUGGGUGGAGCGAACACUGUAAUCGACGGUGUCAAGGCGGAUCCACUUAGCCAUUCUGGCGAGAUAAGGGUAACCAUCCCUUGGAAUUAUUUGGAAAUGGAGUACGAAGUGACCGGUCAACUCCUGGCCAUUCCACUCAGGAGCAAAGGUUUCUUCAGAGGCAAUUUUACUGAUACGCAAAUUCACGUCAAAGGGUCAUUAGAAACGUACCAAAAAGAUGGCGUGGAUUAUUUCAGGGUCCAAAAACUCAACAGCAAAAUCACUGUCGGGGAUGGAUACAUUAAGCUAAUAUCGAAAAAUCCAGAUUUGCAGCUGGGCGCCGAUUUGAUAUCGUCUUUUUUCAACGAAAAUCCCAGACGUGUAAUGGACGCUGUCAACCCGAUUUUUGUCGAAACAUCCAACGAGCUAUUCAGAGUUGUGGCCGAUCAGAUUUUGGCCAACCUGCCAGCGUCAGAAUGGUUGCCGGCCUAACCAACAUCAGCAACGGAAGUGUUCAAUUAAAGUUGUUUAUUUGGCCCAUUCAAUCAGUGAAUCUUAGUUACCGCUGCUAGUCAUAAAAUGUUCAGCUUACAAAUUGGGGGUUUGAGGAAGAAGUUUGGGGAUUAAAUUUUUGUAAUAAAAAACUAAGAAAUUUUAUAA